AUGGCGACGGAAAUGGCUGAGGACGACGCCGGGGCGUUGUCCGUCGGCGACUGGCAAAUUUCUGAUGUCCCCUCCCCGGCCGACAGCUCCAAGUCCGACACCGAAGUGGAUGAAAAGGCUGGUUCCGACCCAAAUGCGCCUUCACAACCAAUACAAAAGCGCCGGCGAGUUACUCGCGCUUGUGACGAAUGCCGCCGUAAGAAGAUCAAGUGUGACGGGAAACAACCAUGCACCCACUGCUCCGUGUAUAGCUACGAAUGUACUUACGACAAGCCGUCAAACCGUCGAAGGAACCCUGCGCCACAAUACAUCGAAGCGUUGGAAAGCAGACUACAACGGGCGGAGACUCUACUACGAAAGUUUAUGCCCGAUGUCGAUUUAGCCGACCCAAAUCUGGACCCAGCCAUUCAACAAGAGUUUCACAAUCGUGAACAGGCACGCGCGGGGGCUGGCAAAAUGCGAUCCGCCGCCGCGGCAGCACCCGAUGCCGGAGAUGCUAAGCUCAUGACCAUGAUCGAUUCAAUAGGCCAACUUGAUUUGGAUGACAAGGGUGGAUGGGAUUUUCAUGGUACCUCCUCAGGUGCUGUCUUUUUGAAGAGAAUGAAGGAACAAUUCCGCGGGCUUCUUGGUCCAGUUAGCAAGGCACCUUUCUUACCACGGGCCGAACGUGCGUCAGGCCUCAGUGCACUUGAUACGCCUUCUCCGGCGGCUGGCUCAUCUCCAUUUUCGUCAAUCUCUGCAUAUCCCGAGCUUCCGCCAAAGGAUAUCGCCAGGAAGCUUUGCUAUUACUCUUUGAGCUGCGCAACAUGUCUCGUUCGAAUCAUUCAUAUACCGACGUUUUAUGAAAAAUUCGAGCAGAUUUAUGACAGACCAAUCGAGAGUCUCAACCAGGAAGAAACUCAUUUCUUGGGACUUGUUCAUGCGGUCAUUGCCUUGGGCUGCAUGUACAACAACCUCGAGGACUCCAACCCAACUGCUGGAGGUUACAAGACGGCAAUUGAAGAAGGUCUCAAAUAUUAUCGUGCCGCCAAAAGCCUGCUGCAAGAUCUUGCCGACUGCCGCGAUAUUGUCUCGCUUCAAGCCUUACUUUUCAUGACUCUGUUUCUCCAAGCGACCUCUAAUCUUAGUGCUUGCUACUCUUUUGUGGGUAUUGCUUUACGCUCAGCUUUGCGCAUAGGCUUGCAUCGGCACCUGGAGCACGAAAAGAUUGGAGUGAUUGAACAAGAAGUUCGCAAGCGAGUAUUUUAUGUUAUUCGACAGAUGGACAUAUACGUAUCUACCAUGCUUGGCUUUCCGCUCCUUCUCAAUAUCGACGACGUUGACCAGCCGUUCCCGACUGAGGUUGAUGACGAGUUUAUCACAGAUACGGGCAUCAUGCCACCUCCUCUUGGCACACCCUCCUUCUUUGAAGCGUUCAAUGCCCACACUCGCUUGAUGGAGGUGCUUGGCAAGAUCACGAAAUUUGUGUAUCCCAUGCACAUGCAAGGCCAACCGGCUGGAAAAGGGGACAGCAGCACCACAUCUUGUCUCAUUAGUUACGGCCGCAUCAAGGAAAUUGAGGCCGAUUUGCAAACUUGUGUGAGGCAUCUCCUACGUUUUGCCUAUGCUCACGUUCAGCUCGUCUUAUAUCGACCUUUUCUUCAUUAUAUUUCUCCUCGACACAGUCAUGGAACUAAGGUUGAUGAAUUAUCAUAUGCAUGCGCGGCUGCCGCCGUAAGUGUGUCACGUAAUAUUGUACAUAUCGGGCUAGAGAUUCGGAAGCAGCGCGUCCUCAGUGGGCCUUACUGGUUCAUGCUUUACACCGAAUUCUACGCCGUACUCUCGCUGGUAUUUUACGCUAUCGAGAAUCCCGACAAGCCUGGUUCUCAAGAAGUCUUGGCCGAUGCUCACGCCGGGCGUCAAAUGAUCGCUGACCUGGCAGACAAAAUUCUCUCAGCCGAUAGAGUGACCAAAGCACUAAAAGUGCUCUUUGACCAACUUCCUGAAAGGCUGGAGCAGGCCCGUUUAGCAAGGCCUGCAGGCAAUUCAAGGAAACGAUCUGCUGCAGGAUCUAAGUCUGGGUCGAUAUCAACAACACACGCAGGCGCCAGCCGGACUAUACCAGUGGCCAGAGCCGAAGAUUUCAUCCGAAGCCGCAGCGGCGGCCUCCCAGGGCCCUUUGGAGCACCAAACUCUCGAGGCUCUGCUGAUGGCAGUAUGGGCCAGUCAUUGGACCCAAGCUUCCAUGACAUUCCCUUUUCAGGCAGUAUGCAUGAUAUUCUUCCUAUGGACUUGUCAUCUCGGACAACCCCCGACUCCACCAGCAGUGCAAGCAGCACUCACCGACACGGGUUUCCAUCACAAUCACUCAAUGCCCAUGCUAUACACAACCCUGUGAACAAACUGGACUCUCUCAUGUUUCCGUCCGAAGACCCCUUCGCUUACCCUAACCAGCCCAUGAUGGAGCUUGGCUUUCAACCAAAGGCAGAUGCACCGGGAAUCACCAUGGCCGCCCCGAAUGCAUCAUUCUUCUUCACUGGCUCCUUUGAGGAGAUGGGUGAUCAGAUUCUGGGACAACCUCCACCGUACAUGACUCCCCAACAACAACAACAACCCCACCCCAUGGGAAUGGCAGCGUCCAUGUACGACCCGCACAGUAUGAUGACACUGCACUCUACUCAGCAGCAACAACACAACAGGCAAAUGCAACAGCAGGCCAUACAUCAACAGCAGCACCAGCAACAACAAGGCGGGGGGAUAUUCGCCAGCUUCCGUCGUGCCAGAGCGGACAGGCAGCAAGAGAGACAGAUCGAGCAAAUGUUCACACAACAGGGUAUGCAGGCGGAUUGGGGGAGCUUUUUUGGUUCUGGGAGAGGUGGCUUCCAAGGAAUGUGA